AUGGGUGCUGAGGCCGAUAGCCAGAACCCGCAUUCGCAUCAUGCGAUUGCAAAGGACACUCCCGAGGACAAGAACAGCGAACAAGUCCCAGAGCAGGACGAGCUGAGAAACAAGGCUGCCGCUGGUAUCUCAUACUUCACUCCCGCACAGGAGCCCGUCGCCGGAACCGCCCUUGGCAUGCUCGAUGGCAGCUCCAAGAUCCCCAAGCUCUUCCAACCCCUCAAGCUUCGCGGCCUUACCAUUCAGAACCGCCUUGCCCUCUCGCCUCUCUGCCAAUACUCUGCCGAAGAUGGUCACCAAACCAACUGGCACCUCACACAUUUGGGCGGCAUCAUCCAGCGCGGUCCUGGCCUCACAUUUGUUGAGGCUACUGCGGUACAAGCCGAGGGAAGGAUUACCCCAGAGGACUGCGGUCUCUGGAAAGACUCGCAAAUGGAGCCUCUUCGCAGGGUCGUUGAGUUCGCACACUCCCAAGGCCAGAAAAUUGGUAUCCAGCUCGCACACGCUGGACGAAAGGCCAGCACCGUCGCUCCCUGGUUGAGCAAGGGUGAUAUCGCUACAAAGGAGAUGAACGGCUGGCCAGACAACGUCUAUGCUCCCUCAGCUAUCGCAUUCAACGACCACCACUGCACACCUAAGGAGAUGACGAAGCAGGACAUCGAGGCCUUCAAGCAAGCAUUUGUCGAUGCUACCAAGCGCGCCCUCAAGAUCGGUUUUGACACCAUCGAGAUCCACAACGCCCACGGCUACCUACUCCACUCCUUCCUGUCACCAGCAUCCAACAAGCGUACUGACGAAUACGGUGGAUCCUUCGAGAACCGCACCCGUCUCACUCUCGAAGUCGUCGAUCUCGCACGUAAGACCAUCCCUGACAGCAUGCCUCUCGUCCUCCGUAUCAGCGCGACAGACUGGCUUGAUGAAGCCGGUAUCGAAGGCUGGACCGUCGACCAGACCGUCAAGCUCGCCGAGAUCCUCGCCGAGAGGGGCGUAGACCUUCUCGACGUUUCUUCCGGAGGUCUCCACGAGAAGCAGCACAUCCAUGCUGGGCCGGGAUACCAAGAGCCUUUCGCCAAGGCCGUCAAGGACAAGGUUGGAGACAAGAUGGCCGUUGGUACUGUUGGUAGCAUCACCGACGGCAAGCAGGCCAACGGAUACCUCGAGAACGACAAUCUUGAUGUUGCCUUCAUUGGCCGCAUGUUCCAGAAGAACCCCGGUUUUGUCUGGCAAUGCGCCGAUGAUCUUGGUGUUGAGGGUCGCUGGGCUAACCAGAUCCGAUGGGGCUUCGGAGGCCGUGGCAAGAAGGAUCAAAUCGUAGACAAGAAGGCGUUCGCGAAUGAAGGUGCUUUUGAGAUGAACAAGAGCAAGUAG